AUGGACGUUAUUCCAUCAUAUUUAUCUGCCCAGUGUGUCAUACUUGCCAUAACUUCAACUGACUCAACAGUAGUAUACUACAAGAUAGGCCAUGGACUUGCUGCUCCGAAUCUUGCAGAAGAUCAUGGUCAGAAAAAUGUAACAUCAUCCAUAGCAGUAGAAGACAAAACUGAUACAAAAAGUUGA